GAAGCUUUUGCCCCACUCCUCCUGACAGCAUCGCUGCCCAGGGUCCCAUCCAGCAUCCCGAGGCUGGGGGCAGGCUGGGGAGAGCCCUUCUCCCAGGGUCUGUGCGCAGGAUCCAGCCCCGGCGGGGAUCAGGUCUCGUAGCCAUAGCAGCGGGGUAUUUAUUACAGCCUGGCCACACUCCACCCCGGCCGGCGGACUUUAGCCCUUAAUCAAAUAGAAAAGUAGCACCAGACGCCGCCGAUCCCGACAGGCAGCGUAAAACACAAGGAGGGCCCUCAAAAUAAUGGCAAAAUUUCUGUCCCAGGAUCAAAUUCAUGCUUUCGAAGGCAUCUGCUUGCUCUGAAACCAGAGAAAUCUCCCUGAUUUUGUUAAGACGGCGCUGGGCGCAGGCAGGGAGCUGAAACACCCCCCCCCCCCCCCGCAGACCCACACGCUGGAUGGCACCAAGACCAGCAGAGGUGAACCAGCAACUCCCAGCCCCACCAACGCAUCAGCCCUGGCCAAGCUAGCAGGGGCAGGAGAAGGUUCAGAGUUCAAGGAAUGUUUUUCCCUGUACGACAAGAAACAAAAAGGCAAGAUAAAAGCCUCUGACCUGAUGGCAGUGAUGCGGUGCCUGGGAGCCAGCCCGACGCCAGGAGAGGUGCAGAGACACCUGCACUUGCACAAGAUCGACAGGAAUGCAGAGUUGGAUUUCUCCACUUUCCUGAAUAUCAUGUACAGGCAAAUGAAGCAAGAGGAACCCGAGAAGGAAAUCCUCACGGCCUUGUCCAUGAUAGACAGGCAGAAGACAGGCGUUAUUACCGUCUCAGAGCUGAGAGCCAAACUUACAAGACUAGGAGAGAAGCUUUCCGAGGAAGAAGUUGAUGACCUGCUAAAAGAAGCUAAAGUUGGACCAAAUGGAAGAAUAAAAUAUGAAGAAUUUGUCCACAUCAUGUGUCUUCCUACAGUCGACUACUAAAAUUCAAAACAAGAGAUUUGUUAAGAGCAGGACCUGGAACUUUUUUGACUUCAAUUUUUCCUAAUUACUAUUGGGACUCAGGAACCAUCAUUUGCCUUUAAAAAAAAAAAACGUAUUUUGCCUUCAUGACAGUGCUUAUACUUACACAGGUUUCCACCCCAUUUCUGGAGAAAUGCUGUCACAAAAUGUGAGCUGUUAUUUAAAUAAACUGAACGUAACAUUC